AUGAGUGAAAAUAUCGAAAAUGAAUAUAUCGAAGGAUCAAGAUUAAAAAGAGAAGGAGUCCCCGAAAACAGGGACUUGACAGUGCUCCUCGUGAAUGACCAGAAUCGUGACUACAAUACAAAGAUUGGAAGGUAUCACAGCGUCAAACCCCUUAUCGGCUUGUUGACAUCUACAGCCAGAACUUUUAUUCAAGAUGGUGUAACAACUGAAUUUGCGACACAAAUUCUAGGCACUACAUUAGAUAAUGGUCGCAUAUACGCGCAACUACUAACGAAAUCAUCGCUUGUACUUUAUAAUAAGCCAUCAAACGUUGAUGAUCCUUUUCUCGUACAACCUACACGUGUACAUUCUGCUUUUGAUGGACAAUGGAACGUCAAGCAAGAUCUAGGUUUUAUAGAUCCAGACAAAUUCGUUCUUAAAAAUACUGAUUAUCUGGCUCCGAGUAGUAAAACGAACAUUGUUUAUGCGAGUAAGGCUUUUAAAGAACCUUUAAAAGUUUGGAAUUCUCCAAGUGCUCCUGGAUUGCAAUUUGAUAACCAAAUUUUUGAGGAGCCAACUGCGCGUAGAGUUCAGGCAUAUAAUCAAAUUCCUAGAUAUGAAGUGUAUAACUAUCUAGACGGUCCAGCUAUCGAAAGUGAGAAAAAACUUGAAUUUAUUGUAGAACCAUCUAUUUUAAAUAACGUUAGCACAUUGCAUCGACAAAAUAAAGCUUAUGAAUCCGUUAUUGAAUCGUUAAAUAUUAAUUCUAAAGAUAAAGAUGAUACUAUAAAUGAAUCUAAUAUUGUUAAAGUGAAACCUAAUUACGAUUUACCAACAUUUACAAUUAAGAAUGAGUUUUCACCAAUAUUUUAUUAUAUUGAUAAUGUUGAGUCACGGCGUCCUCCACAAUAUACUCUUCAACAAACGAAAACACCUAAAAAAUUGUUCGGACAAAAAAGUGAACCAAGUCCUAAAAAGACAUUUACUUAUGCUGGUUUUGCCGAUUUCACGACUGUAGUGGGUGACACUGUUAUCAUAUUUAAGCCUAACACUGAAACUAGUCGUCCUCCUAACCCAGAUGAAGUAAACGUAUUUCCGUCAGCUAGACACGUUGAUAAAUUAGCAACUAAAAUAACAUUUCUUUCUGCUGAUAUACCAGUAGCUACAGCUACAUUUAAACCUCAGGAGGUUAUUCAGUCAACUAAAGCUAUAACAACGUCGAGUACAACUAGUAGUGAUAUAAAAGAGAAUCCGGUCUACAGCAACGAAGAUAGUCUGAAGAAAGAAUCAUAUAAUGAAGAUGAUAAAAUGUCUGGUGCUGUAAGCGUUCAAUACAAUAAUGGUUUUGAUUUUAAUCUAGAUAUUAUUCAACCUUCUGAAGCUUCUUUUACAACAACUGAAAGUACACGAGCUAUGGAUGAGUUACAAAUAAUUCAUAAUCAAGAGUAUAACACACAUGCUACUGAGCCCUUAAUUAAUAUUCAACCUUCUACAUUGACCUUAGACGAACCAAAGGAGACAGUUGUUACAGAAAGUAAUAUAAAGGAAGUUUUUACGAACUCUGAAGAAGAGACAGAAAAUACAGCAGCGGAAGUAACGGAAAAAUUUGAGGAAGCAGAGGAAGUGGAAGAUGAGGAAGAGGAAGAAGAGAAAACAACAGCAAUGGAAGAGCUUAAAACAACGACAGAAAGCGGCCACAGCGACGAAUCUUAUGAAGAUAUUGAAACUACGACAGAAACCAAACAUGAUAAACAUGAAUAUGUUUACUGCACAGAUGGACUAGAAACACAAUCGACUAUGACUACAGCUUUUAAAACUUUAACCUAUUUGACAACUUAUUUUAUCCCAUUAGAAAAUACAGGCACUACAACGUCUGUAGAAUCUAACAUUGUUUUUACGAGUGACACAGGUUACUUCACAAAUAUUGUAUGUAAAACGAAUUUAAUAAUAGAACCAACUGCUGUUACUUCUGUAGAAUUAAAAUCUACCGAACAAUUUAAUUUAGAACGUCCAGAAACAUCUACUGAAUUUCAUUCUACACAAAAUGAUGUUUUCACAGAAAAUUCUUUGAAAAUAACUUCUAUUGAAAAGGAAACAAUAACAACAAUCCAAGACGAUGAAGAUGUAACUACAAGUGAUGAAGGAAAAAAUACAACGACUUACGGCUUAUUUAAUGAACAAACGGUAGCGUUUACUACAGAACAAGCUUCUACUAGUCGUAUGGAGGUGUCUGUGAAUACUGAGAGUAUUUUAACAGAAAAACCAGUAUUUGAAGAAACCGAUAAUGCUAAUAUAGCAGAAAAUGAAAUUGAUCUAAUAUACAAGACUUUGUACACAACAUAUACGUAUUUUACCACUUUUUUUGGAGAACACACUUCAAGCGUUGUUAGUCAUAAAUCGGUGGUAACUAAUAUAAUCACAUCUACUGUUGACCUCUCUAACAUUGACCCGUCUUUGCUUGGAGCUUUCGAUGAAGAUGAAAUUGCACCUACUGGGGUAGGGAUAGGUCAACCUACCGAAACAUUUGCCAUAAAUAGUAUAAUUGAUUUAGUUAAAAACAAAGACGUUAUCGAAUCAGUUGAAAAAGAUGGAUCUUAUAGUUCACAGACACCUACACCAUCUUUAGGUGAUGAUGUUAUUGCCAGUAUAAAACCAGAUGCUGUUAAAACAUAUUUUACAACGUACACGUUUUUCACGACAAUUUAUGUGGGUACUGAUGCAAAUGUUUGUAGUAGAAGCGAAGUGUACACUAACUACGUUGGUCCUGAUGAGCUUAUACCUACCAAGAGUAAUCCACUUGUUACUGAACAGACCAGAGCACAGUUUGAUUUUAGAAAUUGUAAACAGGUCAAGAGAGAGCAGGAAGUUUUGGUCCAGAAUAAUCCUAGUAAUAGUGCAAUUAAAGAAGAGUACAAUUUCCAAGAAUUGGGUGAUUCGAAAAAAGGCAUAAUACAACCAACGCCAAUAGAAGUUGAUAUGUUGCUUAGUAUAGAAUCGAAUCCUCUAGAAUCAGAAAAUUCAUACGUUACUGAUGUUAAAUCUUCAUCUUCCAAGGGUGAAAGAAAAAUAAUAGACAACAAUAAUAUAAUUUUAGAUGAUCAAAUAAGUUCCGAAAGUAACAUAGAAGAAAUAUUGCCAUCUCCAACACUUUUAUUGCAAACAAGCUAUACAACAUUUACUUAUUUCACAACGAUGUAUAUAGGCAAAGACUCGAGUAAAGUGAAAAGCCGUUUAGAAACUAUAACAAAUGUUGUGACGGAAACUAUAACUCCGAAAACCGAACCUGAAGAGGAGAGUAAUUUACCCAUUACAUAUUACACAACUUUUACUUAUUGGACUACUUUAUAUAAAGAUAAAUCCACUACAAUCACAAGCCGGGAGGAAAUAGUUUCAAAUGUUGUCACUCCAGUAAUGCAGUCAUUUACUACACUAGGUCCAAUAGACACAACUCCUAUAGAUGUUAAUAGCGUUUUACCGCCUAAAGAUUUAGAAGCACAAAUUAAACCUUCGAUUAUCGAAGAUAGCUUGGAACAAGAUGACGGCAAAGCGACAUUUUACACGACUUAUACAUAUUUUACAACAUUUUACGCAGGAAAUAUAUCUAAAAUAAGAAGUAGUUUAGAAACGGUUACUAACAUUGUAGAUAACACUAGACUUGUAGAAGGCAAUCAGCUAGGUCGAAAAGUUGGUGGAGUUCCAGUAGACAAAAAUCUUAUACAAGACAAUAGCGAUAAGAUAAAUAUUGUACCAUCUUCAGUCAAAGAAGAAAUUCAACCAACAAAUAUUCCUGAUAUUACACCCGUUUCCUCUACAGUUCUUCUUGGAACUUAUAUUGACAAUUUAUUUGCAGAAGUAAAGCCUCUUGAGAAUAGUCAGAUCAGUCCAGAACCAGAAAAGAAAAUAUUGUUUUCUCAAAUUGCAGUUAUUUCGGGCAAUUCGACUAUAGUAACAAGUGAUAAUAAGACCUUAGAAGGCAGUUCGACUAGCACUUCUUCUUUAACAUCAAUAACAACUUCAACAGAAGAAUCAAUAAUAAGUCCAACUCCAGAUGCUAUUGAAAGUUCUGUUGCAGAAUUAGAAACAACGACUGAAUAUAAACCUGAACUGGAAGAAGAAGAGGAUAAUACUAAUCCAAGAAAAAAGAGUCGUCUUACAUUUACGACGAAAAAACCAUCUUUUACACCAGUAAUUAUACCAUUUGCAUCAAGAAAUAGACCUACAUUUAGUCCAAAACGAGUACCCUUAUUAAGCAGUGCUACUACAAUAACACGUGCAGAUUCAACACCUACAAUAACAGCAACUCCUACAUUAAAGUCUGUUCGAACAUCUGGAUUUGGCAGUGCUAGUAGAAAGCAAGUUGUAUCACCCGCAUCAUCAGGGCCUGGGCGAAGAUUUUCUGGUCGAAGUAGUAGUAUUAAUUCAUUAGCUAAUGUACCAUAUGCAUCUAGAUCAGGAGGUUUUGCAAGAGGGAGUAUACAGCCUACUUCAAGAAGAUCAGGGUUCAGAUCUAGCUCCUUCAGAAGUAAUAGUUUAGAUUACGCCAGCAGAUCUGUGAUACCAAGAAUUAGACCAACAGCGUCAUCUAGAUUAAAGAAUAGUAGACAAUCUUCCACUCUCUUCUUUCCCCUUAAUGAACAAGGUGAAUCUGAAACGUCCGCCACCCAACUAGAAGAAAUUGCGACAGAAUCUUUAGGGGAAAUUACUGAACUUCCAUCUAGAGCUACAAACAGUCCUUUAUUGAAAUUUAGAAAGUUAUCUGUAGCCAGACAGCCUGGUACAGCAAUUUUGCCCCGAUCGACAACACCCUCGGCUAAAAGAAGUGGCAAUAUUCGUGGAAGAACUACUACAACAACGAGGCGAACUACUAGGAGUUCAACGUCAAAUCCGUUACUUUCCUUACGUAGGCAACGACCAAAUUCUCUGUUUCCAAAAAGAAAUCUUUUCAAACAACCUGAACCUGAACUAGAAGAAGAAAUUAGAGAAAACGAGCAAAAGUUUGAAGACGAUGAAGAAUUAUUAGAAGAAGAGGAAUUCGAAGAAGAUAAUGAUUACGAAUCUUCUGAUAGAAAAGAGCAACAAGUAGCUACCCCUUCUACACCCGCCUCAAAGAAAAAUAGCAAAGUCCAAAUCAGACCUUUUGCAUUUAAAAAGCGAACAAAGCGACAAGUAGAUUAUGGAAAUAGAAAAUACACUAAUUUUAGAAGACCUGGAUCUAAAUCUGCUUCAACGCGUCGGCCUGAACAUGAACCUGAAACUGAAUCUCCUGUAUCUGUAACACAAAAACAAAAAACAGGACGUUAUAAUAGUCGAACACCUAAAACUACAACAGCCACUACUCCAAAAUCAUCAUCUAGACAGUCUUUCACAGUGCGCGGUGAAAGUAAAACUUCAAGUACAACAGCAUUGCCUGCUUAUAGAAGAGGUAGAACAGGAACAUCUUCCAGAACUACAACUCAUUCAUCUAGGCCCAAAGCCCCAAGGUUGUCGAAUAAAAGUUCUGACAGAUCAAGGGUAGGUUCAUCGCGUAGUUCAACUAGUAGGUCACGAACUCGCACAACCACUAGCAGAGCGUCAAGUAGACAGCGUAAUUCCUUCGAAAAUCUUAGUGCUGAAAGAUAUAGACAGGACUCUUACAACAAUUUAUUACAUGAUGGAAAAAUUACUAUCACUCAUCAAGUACCCGUUGAAGUUACAGUUCCGGUUGUUAACGGUAGGAUCACUGAGUAUAAAAAUCUUUUAUCCGCUAAACCCAGUGCGGAAACUCUGUUGUUAAAUCAGGUUUCAACGUCAAUUGGACCAUUGGGAAAUCAUCAAUUAGUUCUCGCUGUUGAAUCAACCGAAUUGGCUGAAAACGGAGCCACAAAGAUAACAAAAUACGUUUUGCACGAAACUCCAACAACAACCGUUAUUUUUACACCCACUACUAUUAGAGGACGAAAAACUUCUUUCUCUCAUGUAUUACCUAGUACAGUAUUUAACGUCGAACCUGUUGUUCAAACUAUAAGCCCAGAAAUUAAUGCUAAUGUUCCAUUAGCUAAUCUUUUACUUUCACAACUUCUGUUAGGUAAUCAACAACCUGCGAUCAAUCCUCUCCUGGCAUUACAAGGACAGGCGUUGCUACCUCAGCAACAAGUGGUGCAAACACCUAUUACAGAAUAUAAAACUAGAACCACGACAUUUGUGACAACUGUAACUGAUGCGAGAGAAACUGUAUUACCUAUUACAUUCAGAGGUAAAGCUAUAUUGACAACAAUUGUCGAUCCUACAACUAAUGUGAUAACGGCAACGGAAUUCAUUACUGAUACCGUUGUAACCACUCCUACAGCACUAGCACCUCAACCUCAAUUGAACUCUUUACUACUUCCUUUGCUACUUCAACAACAGCAACAACAACAACAGAUUCUUUCCUUACCUACAGCUAAUCCUUUACUUGGCUUAGCUCAACCAGAUCUUAAUCUGUUGCCUAAUAAUAAUUUAAAUUUAAAUAAUGAUAUUUAUAGCAACAGCCCAAAACCUAAUAUAUUAUCAGACUUAAACAGUAACGAAGACUUUUCGGAAGAUAGUGAGGAAAUUGGCGAUGACAAUCUUCCACUACCACCACCACCUUCUUCUUCUCAUACGAGACAUAGACAAAGAACACUAAAAGCUAGUCAUCCAAAAAUGACAAGUGUAAUAACAUUAUACGUGUCUGGUAAAUUCCCUGGUGAAUUUAGUACAGUACUUUCGACUAUAGUAACGGAUGAUACUCAAACAGUUCGUAAACGUGAAGCAAUUUACUUUAAUGAUGCCCCAGUAACACCUACUAUGUUACCGUCUGUAGAAAAUCUUGUUGGAUCUCAACCAGAUAUUUUAGAAAACACCAUGGAAUAUAAUGAACCAAAUUCUAGAUUUGAUACUCAGAGUGAAACGCAAAGCCUUGAAAGUAUUGUAGGAAAAAUUAGUGAUCAUAUACGAUACGACGCAUCACCGACUUACGUUGUUAAAUUGGGAAACCCAUCUACUAUAAGUAAAAAAGAACAAAAAUCAGUAGAUGACGUGUCUUGA